AUGGCAGCCUCCAGUAGUUCGUCAACGAGAGACCUUUCCAUUGUGCCAGACAUUUCCUUUUCUUUCGUGGAAAAUUUCAUCAGAAGUAGACAUGGUAGCUCCGGAAAAGAACAAAUGUCAAAAGGAUUUAAGCAUUCUGUUGCCGUUUUUUCGGAUGAAGCUGGUUGUCUGAUAAGGGCAAAAUGCUACAGGUCUCAGAGGAAAAAUGAGAGCCCACAUGAAAUGAAGGUUUUGAUAAACAGUGAUAAAAUAGAGCAUUCAUUUUGCUCAUGCACUAUUGGACAGAGUGGUAAUUGUGGACAUGUCAGUGCUUUGCUGUAUCAAAUUGCCCAUUAUAAAAAGAUGAACUUAACACUGAUUCCAACGGAUAUAGCAAAAACCUCCUUGCCACAGACUUGGCAUGUGCCCAGGGGGGAAAAACUACGAGGGGAGAAAACAGACAACUUGACUAUUCGGGGCUAUGACAAAGAAAACCCACUUCGACGUACCAAAGGGAUUAAGUCGACUUUAUAUAACCCGGUUUCAAAAAAUGAAUCCGUUGACAUAAACACCCUACUUGAUAAAAUGGCAGACACUAACAUUUUGUUCAAUACAGUUGUUGGUGAAAGUUCUGAUACUGUUACAGUAGAUACUAGAUUUGGAAAAUUUCAAAAGGGAAGCCCUAUUAGCUAUCAACAAAAACUGUCUGGUGGUUACAUUGUGAACCUGGUAGAUAAUAAUACGUUUCCUAUCUUGCCAGCUAAAAAUGUUAUGUUGAACAAUGUAAACUUCGUUUUGACAGAACAGCAGAUGAAAAGCUUGGAAUCUCUUAAGGUUUCAGAAGUAGAAAGCAAAGAAAUUGAAGAGCUUACGCGUUUCCAGUCUCAGGAUCCAAAGUGGCAUAGAAUAAGGAGAGACAGGAUUACAGCUUCCAAGGCUGGGGAAAUAGCCAAGCGAAGAGCAGAUGGUGAAAAACUUGCUGACCGGUUGAAAUCGACACGACAUGUGCAGACUGCAGCCAUGAAACGGGGCAUCGAAUGUGAAGAUGUGGCUGCGCAAGCAUACAGCGAGAAAAUGGACAAUGAGGUGAAUAUUUUUCCUUGCGGAGUGAUUGUCAGUCCCUACUGCCAUUGGAUUGCUGCAACACCAGACAGAAAACUGUACAUGCCUAACAGAAAUCCGUCCUAUGGACUACUUGAAAUCAAAUGCCCAAAUACUGACGACUUAACAAAAGUGAAAUGUCUAACCAACACUAAUGGACAAUUGAGACUGAAGACAAAUGACAAUUAUUAUUAUCAAAUUCAAACACAAAUGGCGGUGACAGGUUUGUCUUGGUGUGACUUUUUUGUUUGGCUGGAGAACGAUGUGCAUUUGGAAACCAUUUAUUUUGAUGAAGAUUUUUGGCAACAAGCAAAAGAUAAAUUAGAUGCAUUUUUCUUUGAUUAUUACUUGAAUUAA